AUGACAAAGGUGAAUUUCCUUUUGGCUGCUCUGUGCGGAUUGGCUACGCUCAGCGCGUCAGUCGCAGAACCGACUAUGUACGGUGGUGCUACACCUGCUCCGCCAAAAUAUGCAGCUCCGCCUAAAUACGAAACUCCAGCUCCGACUCCGCCAAAAUACCAAACUCCGGCACCACCUAAAUACGAAGUUCCAGCUACAACACCUCCGACUCCACCAAAAUACGAAACUCCAGCUACAACAACUCCGACUCCGCCAAAAUACGAAACUCCGGCCCCGCCAAAAUACGAAACUCCGGCCCCGCCAAAAUACGAAACUCCGGCCCCACCUAAAUACGAAACUCCGGCCACACCUAAAUACGAAACUCCGGCCACACCUAAAUACGAAACUCCGGCCACACCUAAAUACGAAACUCCGGCCACACCUAAAUACGAAACUCCAGCCAAGUAUGCAGAGAAGAAAGAAGAAUACCCAAAGAUGGACGGUGGUAUGAAGUACAAGCGCUCUAUCGACGAGGAAACUGAAGAUGCCAAGAAAGACACCACCGAGAAAACCGACAUGACGGCGGAGGAAUUUUCUCCAAUGGAAAUUGAAGCAGCACGAGACGCCGUCAUGAAGAGCCUCAUGACCAUGAUUGAGGAUUCAGUUACGUCCGACGAUGUGGAGAACUUUGGCGAUGUUACCGAAGGAUUUGGUGAUAUCGCCGACGAUGAGGAUAUGGAGACUCCAGAUGGCGAGGAACCAACAGCUGAUCACGAUGAGGAGGACUUGAGCCAAAUGGAAAGGAGCGCUCCUGGCGACUACAAAACAGCAUCUGAAGACAUGGGCCUUCUAUCUAGCUCUUGGAUGAAGAAAAUGCGCCUCCUAAUAAGCAAACGCAUCAACGCAAGAUUGAACAUCACAGGUCAAUUUAGCGGAUGCAAAGUACCUCGCCCAUGCAUCAUUCGUCCCAUUAUCGUGAAGAAAAAGAUCGUUCGUCCAGUUAUCGUGAGAAAGAAAAUCGUACGUCCAGUCAUCGUGAGAAAGAUCGUCCGUCCAGUCAUUAAGAAAAUCGUCCGUCCAAUCAUCAAGAGAAUCGUCCGGCCAAUUGUCAAGAGAAUCGUACGUCCAAUCAUUAAAAAAAUCGUCCGUCCAGUCAUCGUGAGAAAGAUUGUCCGUCCAAUUUACAAGAGGAUUGUGAUAUGCAAACCUGCAACGUACAGGAAGAGAUGCCAAUGGAAACGAAUUUGUUAUUAACUGCUCACCUGAAUUUCGCUAUCGACAUCAAAUUCCGGUUUGCUCUGACCUAAAAUGUUGUACCUGGGUCGUCUCUCGUAGUAUUGGGAUGUUGGUGUUCACUGUGGGGCUCUUGUGACUGCGAUAGUAAUCGAUAUUCUUCGAAAUUGGGUUAGUUAGUGGAAUAAAAUAAAAUACCUCUACAUAAAUUGAA